CCUCAGUGCGCGCGCAACCUUUGCUAACAAACAACCAAGACAAAAGGAAGAGACUCCUAGCUAGAGCAUUAUGGCCGCUUCUCCUUCAUCCUGCGACCAUCAAGAGGACUGGGGCGAAGAGAUGAUGGAGAUGAACAAGGAUUUAGAGAGAAUGAUUGAAGACGUGGAAAAUAUAUCAGUACAGCUGACGUGGAUGGCCUAUGACAUGGUGGUGCAGCGAACCAGUCCUGAUCUGGGGGACUCCAUUCGUCGGCUGGAGGAAGAGUUUCUUCGCUGCAGGGCUGUCAUCUGUGGCUCCCCUGGGGAACAGGAGCCGAACCAGGGAAAGGACCAGGGGAUGGGAUAGGAACUGGGACAGGGGCUGAACCAAGUUAUGGGGAUGGAGUGUCCUAGACCUGUACAUACCACCGCCAUCCCACUGACAGAUGUGAUUGGCCGUGAUUCACCAGGAAUAUUUGAUUUUCUGAAAUGGACCUUAAUCCAAAGAUAGCCUGUGUCCUGUAUACUUGUCUACAAUGUUGUUGCAGUUAUAUGUAGACUAGUCUCAUCUCUGCAGCAGCAACCACUGCCCCACACUGCAUGCUGUCUAAGCUGAGCAGCAGGCUGUUGUAUGGUGCUGUUGUAUGUAGGUUAUUGUUGUGUGUUAUGUACCUUUGGACAGGGUGUUCAAUUAGCUUUAGUGUUGUGUUCUGAAUUUGUGGUUUGGUCAAGUAAUAAGAUAAACUUGAAUAGCGAAUA